GACAUCAGAGCAGCAGCGUCGCGCGCACAGCAGCGUUCCUCUCACAAGCCGCGCUCGAGCCGAGUCCACACCCGACAUCACUAACUGCUCCAAAAUGAGGGACCCCAUUUUGUGAUGAUGUCCAACUCGGUGGCCUCCUAUGACCAGCUGGUGCGGCAGGUGGAGGAUCUCCGCAAGGAGAACUCGCACCUGCGCCGCGAGCUGGAGGACAACUCACACCACUUGUCCAAGCUGGAAAAUGAGACUUCUGAUAUGAAGGAGGUUCUGAAGCAUCUGCAAGGCAAACUGGAGCAGGAAGCCUGCACUCUCGCCUCUUCAGGGAGAGCGGAUGUGCUUGACCAGCUAAAAGAGCUGCAUAUGGACUUGACCAACUAUUAUGAGCUCAAGUACCAGCCACACAACCUGCGUGUAUUCUCAGAGACCACAGCCAACCAAACGAAUGAUGGGGAGGACAGAAUGCAGCUCUCAUCAUCCAGCAUCAGCAGAUCAAGGAGCUCUGUCUGCUCAUCCUCCCACCAGUGCUCCUCUGUGUCUGGUGAGGGUACGGCCAUGCACCCCUCACACCUCCACCCAGCCGUGACAGCAGAGGGCCGUGUCACUGCCCAGCAUCUAGAGGAGCUCCGCAAAGAGAGGACCAUGCUGCUGAAUGAAAUUGAGAAAGAGGAGAAAGAGCGCCAUUGGUAUUAUUCUCAGCUGCAGGGGCUUUCACGGAGGCUGGCAGAGCUGCCUCGAAUUGACACAUUCUCCAUACAAAUGGACCUUAUUCGCCAGCAGUUAGAAUUUGAGGUCCAGCAACUACGCUUAGUCAUGGAGGAGCGUUUUGGCACCAGUGAUGAAAUGGUCCAGAGAACACAGAUCCGUGUGACUCGUCUGGAGCAGCUGGAUAAGGAGUUACAGGAGGCACAAGGCUCGCGCUGUCCCCAGGAGAAGAUUGGCCAGUCAGAGAAUCAAAAUAUUGACAGCCUUUCCAAAGCAUCAGUGCCUGAAAUGGAAAAUGGAGCAAGCACUAGCACUAUGGAGGCACCUGGAGAAGCCGGAAACAAAGUGGAGAUGAUGUUCUGGCUGUUGUCUAUGCUAGCCUCUAGAGAUCGAGAGGAGAUGUCCCGUGUCUUGUUAGCCAUGUCCAGCUCACAGGAAAGCUGCAUUGCCAUGCGCAAGUCUGGCUGUGUCCCCUUGCUUGUGCAAAUACUGCAUGAUGUAAGUACUGGAAAGACUCCUGAUGCCACAGGCUGCAGCCGGGAGGCUCGAUCCCGAGCUAGUGCUGCUUUGCACAACAUUGUGUACUCACAGCCUGAUGAGGGCCAAGCACGGCGUGAGAUGAGGGUACUUCAUGUGCUGGAGCAGAUACGCUCACACUGUGAGAAUGGCUGGGAUUGGAUUGAGAACCAUGUAGGAACCCCGUCACCUAGUGGUACAAAGACCACAGAUAUCCCAGAGCCCCUAGAUCCCCAGAUUUGCCAGGCAAUCUGUGUCAUAAUGAAACUUUCCUUUGAGGAGGACUAUCGAAGGGCCAUGAAUGAACUUGGUGGACUUCAGGCUAUUGCAGAGCUUAUGCAGUUGGAACAGGAAGUGUAUGGUAUGCAAAAUGAGCCUAUGAAUAUGGCCCUGCGAAGAUAUGCUGGGAUGGCACUCACUAACCUUACAUAUGGAGAUGUGGUAAACAAGGCCACACUUUGCUCUAAGAAAAGCUGUCUUCAAGCCAUUGUUGCUCAACUGGCAUCUGAUAGUGAGGAGUUGCAUCAGGUGGUCUCAAGUAUUCUUAGGAACCUUUCGUGGCGUGCUGAUAUCACCAGUAAGAGAGCUCUUCGUGAUGUUGGCAGUGUAUCGGCACUAAUGACCUGUGCACUUCAGGCUACAAAGGAAUCCACCCUAAAAAGUGUAUUAAGUGCUUUAUGGAAUUUAUCAGCACAUAGCACAGAAAAUAAGAUGGCAAUUUGCUCCGUUGAUGGUGCUCUAGGAUUUCUGGUCAGUACCCUUACCUACCAGUGUCAGACCAACUCCCUGGCAAUAAUUGAAAGUGGUGGAGGUAUCCUGCGUAAUGUAUCCAGUCUUAUUGCUACCCGUGAUGAUUACAGACAAGUUCUUAGGGAUCACAACUGCCUGCAGACUUUGUUACAACACCUGCGAUCACACAGUUUAACAAUUGUGAGCAAUGCAUGUGGAACCCUGUGGAAUCUGUCUGCUCGAAGUCCAAAGGACCAAGAACUACUGUGGGAUCUAGGAGCUGUUAGCAUGCUGCGUAAUCUCAUUCAUUCAAAGCACAAGAUGAUAGCCAUGGGAAGUGCUGCUGCUCUGAGAAACCUCCUCACCAACCGUCCACUCAAAUAUAAAGAUACUGCUGUUAUAUCACCAGGCUCCUGCAUGCCCUCACUCUAUAUGAGAAAGCAGAAAGCACUGGAGGCUGAGCUAGAUGCAAAGCACCUGGCAGAAACAUUUGAUUCAAUCGAGAAACAAAGCCCUAGGCAUAUGAACAUUAACAAGCCCCUACGACAUAUUGAAAGCUUGGCCAAGGACUAUGCCUCAGAUUCUGGAUGUUUUGAUGAUGAUGAAGCCCCAAAUGUUUCGAGUAGCAUAGAAACAGGAACAUUUUCCAUGCUCUCUAUGUUUUUGAAUAACUCAAACUUCCUUCAGAAUCAGCCCCGCAGGAGGGAGGGAGAACCUGAGAGAGAUGUGCAGUCAUUACAAACAGAGGAUAAAAAGACACAAUCUCCUGAUGAUGAAGUGACCGUGGCAGCUGAAAAAUUAGCAAAAAAGAUCACCAACACUGUGGCUAAAAUUGAUAAGCUAGUCGAAGAUAUUACCAUGCACACAUCUUCAGAGGAUAGCUUUAGUCUCAGUUCUGAGGACCAUUUUGCAGAUUGGAAUUAUGGGCCUGAUGAUCUCCAUGAGGCACGUGCUAAGCUGUGUUCUCCCUGCCGUCUUUCUGAUAAUUCAUUCUCACACAAAGACCAUCUCAGCAAAGCCCAUGCUCUGUUAAGACUAAAAACAGUGAACUCAAGUAUAUCCAAUGACAGCCUUAACAGUGGUAGCAAUAAUGAUAGCUGCUGUAGUAGUAAUGAUCAGAUUCAAAGUUCCGUAAGGCCAGCAGAACAAAGACGUCCAAACAAGCUUGAGCUCAAGGUGGCUCACAAGGAAUUGUUAAAUAGUGGUGCCACUUUAUCCAAAUUAAUAUGUCAGAAUGAGAUACCUGAGAGAGAUUCUGACAUGGCAAAAGAUUUAAAAUUGCCUGACUAUAGCACAGUAGGAGAACAAGGCCAAGAAGCUCUUAUAGCAACACCAGCAACUGUAUCAACCAGGGUAUCUUCUGAUGCCAGUAUACCUACCAUUAAGCUCUCCCCCUCCUAUCAACAUGUUCCACUAACCCAGAAUGCCAUGUUUGGUACUGUCAAUGUUCAGGCAUCCCAGGCAAUGAAAAAACAAGCAUGGGACCCCACUGUAACAACUGGAGAAAAUAUUAGCAAGUUCUCUCCUAUAUGCUCUUCAAGAAGCCCAAUUGGUCAACUAGAGACACCACAGAAGUACUCAGUGGAGAAUACACCAAUCUGCUUCUCACGUUGUAGCUCUUUGUCCUCUCUUUCUUCUGGUGAUGGAGACCUUGAUGGACAAAGCGAAAAUGAUUUAGAGAGUGACUCAUCUCUUGAAAUUAUUGAGGUUGAAGAUGGUGAUAUAAUUAAAAAAGAUGACGAAGAUGAAACACUAGAGGAUCUCAGUGAUAGUCAACUGCUUAUGACUGACCAGAAGACUUGCCCCACUACUAGCAGUACUUCUGAUCCCAUUGAGAUUCCGAUGAGACAUGAAAAGACAUUUCUUAGGGAAGCAUCAGCAGUCAUACUUGAGGACAGGACUCCAUCCAGUUCCUCUGAGAAUUACCUUCAUGAGACUCCACUUGUGAUGAGCCGUUGUAGCUCCGUAAGUUCACUGGGUAGCUUUGAGUCCCCAUCAAUUGCCAGUUCUAUACAAAGUGAUCCUUGUAGUGAAAUGGUAAGUGGAACUGUGAGUCCAAGUGAUCUCCCAGACAGCCCAGGACAAACCAUGCCACCAAGUCGCAGUAAGACUCCAUGCUGUGCUGACGUAAAUGGACCAGAGCAGCAAAAUAUUGGUGGUAUUGGAGGCCAGUGGGAAAAUGGCUUGCGUAAGUUCAUGGAAAUUGCUGACUUGAAGGAAAGGUUUAACUUGCCACAAGACCUAGACACAAUGAUCUACUUCACUGUUGAAAAACCAUUAGAAAACUUUUCUUGUGCAUCGAGUCUUAGUGCCCUUCCUCUGCAUGAGCACUAUGUCCAAAAAGAUGUAGAGCUUAAACUUACUCCUUUGUUAAAUCAACAAGACAAUGAACCAGUAUACACUGGUAAGAGGAAUCCUGCUGAUUAUCCAUCAUGUAUGGAUCAAGAUCAGUACAGUGAGGGCAACUCAGAUGAUGACAUUGAAAUUCUCAAAGAGUGCAUCAAUUCAGCCAUGCCCUCAAGGUUUAAGAAAGUAAGACCUGCUUUAAUGUCUACAAUCUCAAACCAAGUACUUAACACCCAAGCUCGAAGAUCUGUGCAGUUACCAGUAUACAUGGUGCUCCAGAAUAAUAACAAUCAGAUGUGUUCUGGGCGAAAGGUUGGAAUGUCUGCAAAAGAUAUUCAUCAUGAUGAUUCUUCAUACACUGAUUCCGCUGAAGGUACUCCUGUUUAUUUCUCAAGCACCACUUCCUUAAGUGAUGAGACUCUUCAAUACCCCCUCAAAGUGAAAGGGUCAAGAGAUUGGCGUUCCAGAAAUAAAGAGACGCAGGAGCUUAUUGAUACAGAGGCAAAAAGAAUUGAAGAGCUACGUCUAUUUUCUCGUUUCCAUAAAUCAUCUAAAAUGGCAUGUCAGUCUGAAAUAGUAACAAACCAAAUGAACAAAACCAUUAAACAUAUAAUGCCUACCCAAAGAUUACUUAUACAAAGUAAGGAAAUGGCAGCAAAGAUGACUCAGCAAAGAGUCCAAAGCCAAUCCCCAAUCAGACAAAUACAAAAGCAGGGACAGAAUCUGUCACAAAGUAUGCCCCAUAUAGCGCUUCCAAUCAGAAAGCAAAGUAAAGAGAUGUACCAAAGUCAGAAAUCAUACUCUAGAAGUAAAGCACAAGAAAUUGCAGCUUUUCAAUCCAUGCAUCAUCCAGCAGCAACAGAGGAAGCCAUGUACUGCUUCCACGAUAAUGAUAUGGCUAACAGUGAUGGGGUGAUGGCAAGAAGUAGACAGAAACAGUUUAAUAAUUUAAACAAAAAUAAUGUAGGUCUCCAUUAUGCUAAUUCAAAAGGUCGUGUGGACAAUUUCCAGAGACAUGGGUUUCACAGAAUCAAGCAAAAUCUAAUUAUGGAAGAAGCACCCCCAUGUUACUCUCUCAGCUCAUCUCUCAGCUCUUUGAGUGAUGUAGAGAUGUUUGAGGAACAGGGGAAAACUCAGCAUGUAAAGUUGAGAAAUAAAUACAAUGUAAUAUCCAGCACAGGUCAGUGUACCCUAAAAACCCAGCAAGGCCAAAAUAAAUAUGAAGACAACACUUCACCAAGUUCUGUCAGCCUGGACUCAGAAGAUGAUCUUUUGUUAAAAUGCAUAACAUCUGCUAUGCCAAAGCAAAAGAAAAAGCAAGCCACCAGAAAAAGGAAAGGAGAGGCUAAACAAAAACAGAAAACUACUCAGAAGGAAACUGGGCAUUGGGAUCCUGAAGAUGAUCUGGACAGUGAAGAAAUGGCAUCUGACAAAGAUUCAGAUCUCAACAGUGUUGAAUGGAGGGCAAUACAGGAGGGUGCAAAUACAAUAAUCACAAAGUUACAAGCUUCAAAGUCCCAGGAACCAUCAUCAGAAUCAGACUCUGUUCUUUCAUUUAUAUCUGGAUCCAGCUUCACCCCAAAGCCUGACAUCAAUGACAAGAAGAAGGCGGUCAAAGAAAACAAAAAGGCAAAUAAGCCACUUGAUUUUGCCCCACGUAAACCAGUACCAAACUUGCCUGUAGUUUUCAGAGGCAGAACAGUGAUAUACACUCCCAAGAAAGAGAAAACACUUUCACAGCGGCCACCACCUAAGAAGGUGAUGCCUAAAUCUGAUGGCCCAAAAAAUCCUUCCUUAGCUCAGCACCGGUCCAGAAGCCUUCAUAGGUUGGGGCACCUUAGUGACUCUACUCAGUUAUCAUUACCCAAGAGAAGUUCAACUCCUCCUGCCAGGAUUCCAAAGAGUUCCUCAUCAGGAUCAUCUCAAAGUUCAACUCCCUCAAGGCAACCUCAGAAAAAAGUAACCCCUUCUACCCAAACCAUUAAACAAAAUCAGAAAAUGGUGACCUCGGAUCCAGACAGUCCACCAGACAAAAAAAGAGGCACCUCCAUGUCCAAUCAAAACCCAAGAUCUGCUGACAACAAAACACAGAAAUCUCCUGUCAGAAUACCAUUCAUGCAGAAUUCAUCAAAGCAGGCAAGAGCAAUUUCACCAUUAGUAACCAACCAGCUUACUAGCAUUAGUAGACAAAAUAGUCAGUUAUCAGGGAAGAGAAUUUCACCAGCCAGUCGACUGGAUUUAGUUCGCAUGACCUCUGCUCAUUCAUGCAGUGGAGAAUCAGACCACAAUGGUUUCCUUAGACAACUUACUUUUAUCAAAGAAUCAUCAAGACAGAAUGUUUCUUGUUCACGAUCUGUUCCUACAUCCAAACAUGUGUCUCCUCGAAGAACAUGUCCAGGAGCCCCAGCAGUUUUCCUAUGCUCUUCUCGCUGCGAAGAACUGAAGUCAGCAGUGCAAGGUCCACGAAGAUUGCAGGGACCCCAAGGGCCAAGGAAUGGUCAUGAACAAGGCAUCCUCAAGCAGAGCAUGGCUCUACCAAGGGCAAACUCUAGUGACAGGAACUUCACAGUGAAACGUCCAGCCAGGAGAACAAGUUCAGAAAGUCCCUGCAGGGUGCCUCAGAGAACUGUACCUGAGCCAAAUCUACGGGAGACAAGAGAGGAUACAUUCAAAAGGUAUUCUUCCUCCCCCAGUAUAAAUAUCUUAAGUCGUGUUACCAGUCGCUCCUCAUUGCGCUCAUCAUCUUCUGACUCAAGUGUCAGGGCUAAGAGUGAGAAGGACACAAAACAGAGGCAGAAUAGAGCUGGAUCACGGAAUAAUAACAAUAAAGUCACCUGGAGAAGAAUCCGUGAUGAAGACAUUCCCCAGAUAUUAAAGAGCACUCUCCCACCAACUGCACUCCCUCUGGUGCCUUCCCCUGAAGGGCACAAACCAAUGCCACCGCCACUGCCAGGAAAAUUGCCAACAAUUACACUUAUAUCACGCAAGACAAGUGAUGCAACAGUUCAAACAGAGGACUUAUCAACCAAUAAAACCAACUCAAGCACAUCACCUACAAUUGAAAAUGGUUCUAUGAUUUCAGAAGAGGUAGCUAAGAUGGCCCUUCUGAGAAGAAUCAGCCUGGCCUCUGUGAGUAACCUGCAUGAUGGAGAUUCUGAUGGAUCCCUCAAAAACUACAGCACAGCUUCCACCUCAACCUUUCAGUCUGUGGAGAGCAGUCAUAGUGGAGUCAUAGGUCCCUUCCGUCAGAGCGCUCCCAGCAAGGCUGUCAGAGUGACACCAUUCAACUAUGUCCCCAGCCCUAUGGCCUAUUGCUCUCAAGAUACACAGAGCCAUGCACCAACAAUCCCUGAGAAGUCAGGUGAAAAACUUGAAUCGUAGUGCCCAGGCUCUGUCAUUGUUGCAAGGUUGACUUGUUCCUGAUGCUAUAAAAACUCAGGUGGUUUAUUGAGCAACAUUAUCUAUAUACCUCGGAUGUUGCUUUUGACAAACAUUGUAUUCAUGGGUUUUGUAUUUUUAUCACUGGAAGUUGGGUGUAGACAAAUUAGCAUGAACAGUAGAAUCUUUCAUCAAACUACAAUGGAUUUAAGCUACAUAUGGAACUUACCAUAAACAUGAAGCCAUCCUUUUUUUUUUUGACAUUUUUGUAAAGUUACAUAUAUGAACCAUUGCUUGUUCUGUUGGAAAUCCUAAACACACAAAAGACAUACUCUACUUUAUGGACCACAGUAGACAGCUCUGCAUUCAUGAAGAAUAAUAUGCAAAUCAUCCAAUAUAAGAUAUUCGUUCAUUUAAAAAAAAAAAAAAAAAAAAAAAAAAAAUUCCACCUAAAACCUGAAAAGACUGUUACAGUGCGAGAGACAAAACACAAACAUGUAUGCAUUACAAGUAUACACUUUUUUCUUGAAUGCCAUUAUCCCACACUGUCAAUGAUUCUAAAAGCCCUUAGCCUUCACUUUUAUUAUUGCAGAUAAAUAUAUUUGUGGUAGAGCAGCCCAAAUUAGCAGCGCAAGAGCAUAAUGUAAUGUUGGAAUUUAGUGAUGCUGUUGUAUAUAACUGCAAAGUCUCUCUAAUGCUUCCCAGUAAGCAAAAAGUACCCUGUGGCACUACUGCAUGCAUGCUUAAUAGUCACUUAGUGCACAUAUGUAUGUAUGUUAUUAAUGUUGAACAAUCUUUCCUCUGAGAAUAAAAAUAGAGGAAAUUAUGGGGGAAAAUAAUCACACAUCUCUAUUACUUGUUAAACUGUUUGACACUUAUAUGUAAUACACUUAGGUGGUUGUACAGUGAUUUUGCUUGUUGAAUACUUUGGUAAUGUCAGUUUGUGUAUGAUCAGGUAUGCUUGUGUCAUCAAAAGCAAGAAAAAACAAUUGCGAUUUGGGGGAAUACUCAACAAAAACAAUGUAAAACCUCUCUGAUCAACUGACAGUAUAACUGAUGUUGCUUUUAAAUUCAAAGGCGAAUGCUAAAAUCACCAUAAAAUAAGUGUAUGGACAACAGAAAGCUAACAAAUCUUCUGUUCAGAUAGCUAUAUGAUGAGCUAAUUAACUAAAAAUGGGCUUUGAAGAAUUAAACAGAAAUAUAUAAUGUGUGUUCUCUCUACAUACAAUGCAUCGGUCUAAUGAAUCAAUAUCGCAGGCCUAAACCUAUUAAAGCCAUUUGUAUGUAUUUAAGCCACACUAGCAAUCGCUGCAACAUCUUGGCCAGUUUUUCAUACUGACAGAUGCUUUCAAACAAGAAACACAAUUGAUUCAGAGUGCUGUUUAGAUUGCAGUCAUUUCCACAAAUAAUGUUUUGAGUGUUACAGCCCAAUAUACUCAAGUUAGAAGAAAAAAGUAAAUCCUAAUUGUAAUUCUGCAAAAAUUGUAAUGAAUCAAAAUAAAUAUUCCUUUAUUUCUCAUUUGGUAGAGGUAUAGAAAUUAGGCACAAGUCAAUAAGUGAAAAUUGUUCAAGUGUUAAUGCAUUUAAAUAAGCAUAAGCAGGAACAUAAUGAUUGGUGUUCUUGAGCAAAAUCCUUAACUCCAUCUCCCAGCACUGUUGUACACUGAAAUGUUUGGGUACUUUGCCAGACCCUAAACUCUGAAUGUAUUUGAGACCAACAGUAUUAUACAGUGAUGGUCACUGGUUGAUUUCCAUAAUAAAUGUUCACAUUAAGCUUCA